UAGUAAUGCGGCGGCCCUAUCGCUACCACCAAAUCGAUCGUUACCCUGUACAUUUCAUGGACAAUGUAUUUUUCUCGGAAACGUAUCACAAACAAAAAGUAGGAUACGUAACAGUUCCGAGAACGAGGCGUCUGAGCCACAAGGCGAGGGAAGCAAUCACAAAUCAAGUAAGCUGUUUGUGGCAGUUGUAACAUCAACCAUAACACAGCUAAACAACUAUCUUACAAGAUGGACACUGAAGACGACUUGGAAAUAAAUGUGUUGAAGAUUUUAUCUGCCCAAAAACGAUGUGAAUUAUCAUUGCUGACAAUCUUUCAGUCCCUGAAGAAGAUGAAGAGUAGAAGUUUGGAUGAUGCUACUCAACUAAAAAGGAAGCUGGAAAAUUUCCCAAGUGUAGUGGUAGUAUCAGAGGGCGAAAGCCUAUUAUCCACUUCUGCUAGAAUUGAAAUUAGCCUUGCAGUUUGUAAGAAACAUGUUAUGAAUAGAGGGACGUGCUCCAGUGGUGAAAACUGUGGAGAUUUACAUAUUUGCAAGUAUUUUCUGCUCUCUGGCGUCUGCAGAAGCAAUAACUGUAUUUUUGGUCACAACCUGAAUACUCCCCACAACCAGAGAGUUCUUCAACCUUAUGGACUGGACAAGCUGAGUCUAGAAAACUUGAGGAAUAUCUUCAGGUGUCCUUGGAACAGGUGUGUAGUCACAACGCCUGAGCUUUGUCACAAGUUUCAACAAAAAAACCUGCAAGGACUCUCCAACGAAGUGUUUCCGUAUGCAUUUAUGUCCAGAUUACAUUUCUGGAUCUUGCACACGUGGAGCGGAUUGUGAAGGGCACAGUAUCUUAGAGAAGAGUGUCACUGAAAUACUCGAGAAGCACGGUCUUGAUACCCAGACACCUGAAGAGGAAGUUCUUGGCGAUUUACGAGAACUUGAUUUGUCUCCUUUACCCCUUUCUAGAAGCAAAUCAGAAAGUCAUCUUGCUUCAUCCGGAAUAAGAGGAGGAAGAAGUAACAGAGGUAACUCUGGAAGAGGAAUCCAAAGAUGCCGUGGACAAGGGAAACAGAUGAGGGGUAGAGGAGUGAGAGGAGAAAGGGAUGGAAGGGGAGGAGGGGGGAGUCAGACCGCCCAGCCAAUGAUGGGGCAGGCUCCCUUAACCCAACCAACAGCAGAGCCAUAUGAACAAUGUAAGCCAUUUUCAUGGUCGCAAAUGGCUUCACAAGCAGCUGCACCAUACUGUAAGCAGUAUGGUGUCACGCAGCGUCAACCUCCUAGAGGAUGGGCCCAUCCACAACCAGGCCCCUCUUACCAACAGGAUCAUGCGUCUCAAUACCCACAGCAACUUAGUAGGGAGGGACCUUUUCCUCAAACUAGACCAGGACCCUCUUACCAACAGAAUUAUGAGUCUCAAUACCCAAAGCUACCUGGUAGGGAGGGACCUUUACCCCAAACUAGACCAAAGAAACGGACAAAUAAAGACCAGAAAGCACCCGUUGAAAUAAAUACCGAUGAAAUUUGUAUGCAUAAAUUUCGAAAGUGCCAACGGGGUGACAAAUGUGGAAAACACCAUCGACCAAUGAUCUACCAAUGGCAGCAUACAGAGACUGAUGUACAAGGACAGCAGGCAUGGAAUGACUUUGAUAAUGCCACCAACACUGAACUGGAGAAGACGUACUCUGACCCGGGAGAAGAAUGUUGUCCUGUUGCCUACAGGAAAGGAGAUCUUGUCCGUGUCAGUUUUGAGGAAAUGACAGGCUUGAGCAAGAAGACCAAGAUCUCACUGCGGCGACUGUCCACUCCGUCAUCCAAUUCUCCCAGGAUGCAACCUUCACUGUAUAAGUGGGCAACUCAAUGGCGAUGGUACUGGGAAGACGACUCUGGAACUUGGAUGGAAUAUGGCAAAACGGCAAAGGCCUAA